CGUUGAGGAAAAUAAUGGAUCGUUAUAAUCAUCCUCACUUAUUGGGUUGUAAUUAUUCACAAAUACUCGAAAGAGAUAAGCAUUUACCGAUGAUGUAUAUGAAUAGUUUUUCAAUACUGCCCAGCUUAAAAGAG